AAUAUUGAUUUUUGGGGUGACAGUAAAUUUUAACAAGUAAGCGAAUACAAAAAUACCAACCUGUGAAUAACGAAGGUCACCUGUAUUCCCGUGGACAAAACAAAUUUCGUUUAAGCAUAUUUACUAAAUCAAAGCGUCUGGUAGCGCUGGAGACUACAAGUUCCAGCAUGCACCGCUUCAGCACGGAGCCCGUGUUCCGCCAACCGCCACAGUAGCGUCAAGCCCGAGGCUUUGGCCCGGAAGUGUCGCAUUUGGAUCACGUAGCACUCUUUGCGCCUGUGCACACGCUGCGGGGGCCGCCCCAGCUACCGCCGCCCCUGCAGCAGCUCUAUCUAUGGUUUCUCCCUAGAGCUUUGCCGUUGGGGGUAGCUGCUGCGACUGUGUUCGCCCCGCGCGGCAGCGACAUGGAGGAAUUCGAUUCCGAAGACUUCUCCACCUCGGAGGAGGACGAAGACUACGUGCCAUCCGGUGGAGAGUAUAGUGAAGAUGAUGUAAAUGAAUUAGUGAAGGAAGAUGAAGUGGAUGGUGAAGAGCAGACACAGAAAACCAAAGAGAGAAAAAGAAAGGCUCAGAGCAUUCCGGCCAGGAAGAGAAAACAAGGUGGCCUCUCAUUAGAAGAAGAGGACGAGGAGGAUGCCAACGAGGAAUCUGGAGGAAGUAGUAGUGAGGAGGAAGAUGCAGCUGCAGAGCCAGAAAAAGGCAUUGAGUCAGAGAAUGCAAGGAAAAAGAAGGAAGAUGAACUAUGGGCCAGCUUCCUCAAUGACGUAGGACCAAAAUCAAAAGUGCCUCCGCGUACACAAGUUAAAAGAGGAGAGGAGGCCGAAGAGACAAGUUCAAGUAAAUUGUUGGUCAAAGCAGAAGAGCUAGAGAAACCUAAAGAAACAGAAAAAGUUAAAAUCACCAAGGUGUUUGAUUUUGCUGGUGAAGAAGUCAGGGUGACUAAGGAAGUGGAUGCUACAUCUAAAGAAGCCAAAUCCUUCUUCAAGCAAAAUGAGAAAGAAAAACCCCAGGCUGAUGUCCCUUCAGCUCUGCCGUCACUUCCUGCCGGGUCAGGGUUAAAAAGAUCAAGUGGCAUGAGCAGCCUUUUGGGGAAAAUAGGAGCCAAGAAGCAGAAGAUGAGCACCCUAGAGAAGUCCAAGCUGGACUGGGAGAGCUUCAAGGAGGAAGAGGGCAUUGGCGAAGAACUAGCCAUCCACAAUCGAGGGAAGGAGGGGUACAUUGAACGGAAAGCUUUUCUAGACCGAGUGGAUCACAGGCAGUUUGAAAUCGAGCGAGAUCUCAGGCUGAGCAAAAUGAAACCCUGAUGUGAUGAGGAACCUACAGCAGCUUAAUCCUGUUUACAACCUUUUUUUUCAUGCCCUCUUAAGGCAACUUAGAUCCAACAGGACCACCAGAUGCAAUCUUUGUGCACACGAAGUUGACCACAGAGGGAAAGAGGGCUGUGGAAGUCCUGAAGAUUCCACCCUGGUUCCCUGCAGCCUGGAAUUGCCCAGUCCCCAGAGACUCUCCUUUCCAGGGCCCCUCUCCAUGGUCUGCCGGUGAGCUUUCAUUGUUGUACCCUCAGAAAGCUGAUGGUGUAGACAGAUCUACGCUCAAGUAAGGGACAAGGUGGCUGUGUCAGGGAGGGAAGGGAGAAAUGUAACAUGAGGAGAACACUGUCAACAUCUUACAGUGGGUUUGGUGUCCUGCCUCUAACCUUAGAUUGUAGCCCUGCCAUCCGGGUUGAGUCCCUCCCUCUGUGUCUCAGAUUCCUUGUCUUCAAAAGGUUUCUGAGAAUGCUUAAUAAUCCUGCUCUGCCUACCUCACAGUAUUUUAUUAAAUGAAAUACAUUAUCCAAGUGUUAAGUUACUCUAAUUAAAUUGCACACUAAAGGCUCCCAGCUCCCCAAGACAGCCAGGCUUCUGUGAGUAUAAACUAGCACCGCCUUGAAGAACACUUUGGCGAUGUCUCAUGAAUCUGGAGCUGCACUCGGCCUGUGACACAGCAGCUCUGCUCUUGGCUUGACAUCCUAGAGAAGCACCAGCAUGUGCACAAGGAGGCAGGCUCAUUGGUGAUAGUAAAAACCUGGAAACCACCCAGUGCCCAUCAGGAGAAGGGGCCAAUUGUGAAAUAGCCACACAGUGGAAUACAGUACAGCAGUGAAAUGACUGGGCCAGGGCUACAUGCGUCAACACAGAUGAACCUCUUAAGCAGCAUUGAUGCAAAACACCUAACGUACAAUCCCAGUUAUACACGUUCAAAAGCAUGCGAACAUAGAGGUGAUGGUGGCCCAACAUUGUGAAUGCACUAAAUGCCACUGAAUUGUACACUUUAAAGUGGUUAAUUUUAUGUUACGUGAAUUUCACCUCAAUAAAAUUUUUUAAA